UUUCUCAACACUGUAUUACCUCCGUACCCUGACCCUGGAAACAUAACCAGUCGCUCCUACAACAUUAACACGUCUGAACGCAGAAGAACCUGAACCUAAAUUGCUGCACCAUGUCGGGCUUUGAGUUUGAAUCACUAGAGAAAACGCUGGAGAAAUACAUUCCCGAAAAUGAAUUGACAGAAGUUAAACGCAUACUUUUCGGAAAUCCCACUAAGAACCUGGAGCUCCACUCAUCUGCAGAGAUUGUGGCCUCAGAGCGGGACUUUGAGCUGCAGGGCCACGCCUUCCAGAGUGCUCCUGAACAGCUGAGGGCCUCCCGGAGGGUCCGCGUCGGACUCAUCCAGAACCGCACCGUGCUGCCGACGGACGCCCCCAUCCUGGACCAGAUCAGCGCUGCUCACAGUCGGAUUGCAGAGCUAGUGGAGGUCGCUGCCAUGUGUGACGUCAACAUCGUCUGCUUCCAGGAGACCUGGACCAUGCCGUUUGCGUUCUGCACGCGUGAGAAGGAACCUUGGAGUGAGUUUGCAGAGUCGGCUGAGGACGGACCCACCACCCGCUUCUGCCAAGAGCUGGCCAAGAAGUACAACAUGGUGAUCGUGUCUCCGAUCCUUGAGCGAGAGGCUCUGCACAACACCUUAUGGAACACAGCCGUGGUGAUCUCCAACUCUGGCCAGGUGUUGGGGAAGACCCGCAAGAACCACAUCCCCCGGGUCGGAGACUUCAACGAGUCCACCUACUACAUGGAGGGCAACACAGGCCACAAGGUGUUCCAGACCCAGUUUGGUAAGAUAGCUGUGAACAUCUGCUACGGACGCCACCACCCUCUGAACUGGUUAAUGUACAGCAUGAAUGGAGCCGAGAUCAUCUUCAACCCCUCCGCCACUGUUGGAGCGCUCAGUGAGCCCAUGUGGUCCAUUGAAGCGAGGAACGCAGCGAUAGCCAACCACUGCUACACAUGUGCAAUCAACCGCGUCGGGACCGAACACUUCAAAAAUGAGUUCACAUCUGGUGAUGGUAAAAAGGCUCACCAUGAUUUUGGACACUUCUAUGGGUCGAGUUACGUGUCUGCCCCUGACGGCAGCCGCUCUCCUGGGCUCUCCAGAACCCGGGACGGCCUGCUGGUGGUGGAGCUGGACCUCAACAUGAACAGGCAGAUCAGCGACAAGUGGAGCUUCAAGAUGACUGGGAGGUAUGCAGAGUACGCAUCAGAACUGGCCAAGGUGGUCAGUGAAGACUUCAAGCCCAACAUAGUGAAGGAGUAAUGGAGUUCAGUCGAAUUAACGUUUGAUCUUAAGCCGUAGUCAGACUUCUUUAGACUGAAUGACACUGGAGGUAACGAGAUUGAGGCAGAUCAAUAUGAAAUAAUAGGUCCAACCAUUAGAUCAAAUUAGCACGUGUUCAAUUCUUUAUUGGUUACAGCACAUAGGGAAUGUGACUCAAUGUAUCAUACAAUAAAGAUUCCUGCUGAAA